UAGUGAUCACAAAUUUUAGUAGGAACCAUAUAUCAUGCUAAAGGAUUACAAUUUGGUUAUUAUAAAAGAUUAAAAUCUAAUUGUUGUGGUUAAAUGGUCGGCAAAACCUGAAAAUAUAUUAACAUUUUUUCCGGGUUCAAGCCUUCUUUGAAACAAAAAUCAAGGCACGUGUAAUUUAUUUAAUCGGUCAUUAAUUAGCAGGCAAUGCUAUCACAUGCAUUAUUCAUAAAACUUUCCGAACUUGAGUAAGACAAUGCACUGAUUUUUCAAAAAAAAAUCAUACUAUAACACUAUGGAUCCGAUUGGUAAUGGUUGUAGCUUUAAAAAAUUUGUCGUAGAAAAAAGACUGUAGAUGUUUUGAUGUGGCUUUAGAUUUUAUUGCUUUAAAAUUUUAUGAAAAAUUCCAAAAAAUUGCUCCGGAUUUUUGGCUAUACAGAUAGACAACACAUACAACCACUACCAAUCACACUUUAUAUUUUUAGCAAUAUUUUCGGCGCUAGCCAGAUUAACUGAUAGGAUUUAUCAAAAAUAAUAUUAUAUGGGCCAAAAUAAUUCAAACAAAAAAGUAGUCUCUUAAGAUAUGAUGAUGUUAUAUUCCAAUCGGUGCGUUUUUGUUAAGUUUGCAAACUUUAGGGUUUGAACAUACACCUCCAAAGUUCUAUGUAUUGAUCAAUAAUUGUUUUAUUUCAUGUUUAAUAUCUCUCUUUGAGACACAAAAUCUGAUAUGUAUCUAAACCUUAUGAACUAAUUAUGUCAUAUCAUUUCAGAUUCUCUGACGUCGCCUUAGAAAAUAUAUUUUAAACGUAAAAUUUAGAUUUGAGAAUGAUUAUACAAUUACAUUUAAUCAAAUAUAUAAUGAUUGGAUCAUCUUUUUUCGUGUAAAGACAAACUAUACACAAAAUAGUUAGAAAAGUUAGAUGGAAAUCUAAGUGAUGCACGCGUGGUGAUGGCUUAUGGCUAUUGGUUGCAGCUUUGUUAAACUUUAAUCAUCAAUUAAAUUAUCAUUUUUCUCGUUGUAAGAUUUAGAUGUAACUUUGAUGAUUUGUAAACAGGUUAGACAAAUAACAGAUUUAUGGUACAAAUUUUAUAUAGUUUUUAUACAGUUUUGAACGAAUAGGUUAUUUUAUUUUGUGAUAUCACGUAAAUCAUAUUAUUAUUUGUCUAGAUAAACUUGAUUUCAAAAUUGUUUAAAUUCAUAAUUCAAAGUUACUUUAGACGGAACCAAUUUUUAAAAAAAUAUUCACAGAGAAAAUAGGAAAACAUAUUUAGUUCACGUCCGUUUUAAUCAGGGCCGAAUGUUUAAUACAAAGCUGAUAUAUCAGUAUAUAUUCCCUAAGCCAGGCAAUAUCUGAAUAAGCUGUGACAAAGGAAAGCUAAAGCAACAAAAGGCAAAAGCCAAAACAAAACUAUAGAGGUGUUGAUAUUAUUAAUUCGAUGGAUACAAGGGAAGAAGAAUCUCAAGUUGACGAGGGUCUAUUUCCACCUCUAAACUUGCUUUUUACACCAACUCCGGAAUUGAUCGCCUUGAUUGAAACCCAACUGCAACAAGACUACUCAAGUCCUCAUCAACAAAACUUUCAUUACACCACAGAGCACCCAAAGACCUUAACACCUUCUGAAACUCCUAAAAACCAUGAAAAACUAAAGGCUGUGGAUUCUCAAAUCUACAAGAUCACAAUUGGUCAAUGGACUCACAUGCGGGUCUACCCGGAUGAUAUUAAGGCGAAAUUCUAUUUAGCAAAGAAGAGAAUUAUUUGGGAGAUUCUAGACGAUGUAGAAACAGGAACACAAGUGGAGAGGCUGAAGAGAAAGAUUGAGAGCCAAUGGUCUGAUGCCUUGUCUUUCAGAGCAACAUAUAAUUCAAAUGAUGGAGCUGGAAUACUAGAAGUCGAGUUGGGAAAACGUCCAACGUUCUUCAUAGAGACUAAUCCACAGCGGGGAAAACACACUCUGUGGAAGAUCUGUCCAGAUUUUACCCUAAAUCAGUCUGCUUCUAUAUACAGGAGACAUACACUUCAUUUUUUCCCUGGAGAUUUGCAAAAAACAUUGGAUAAGCUUGUGUCCGGAGAUAGCUUCUGGUCAAAACUGGCUAAAGUCAGUUUCCCAACUCUACAGUCUCUUUACUUCGAUUUUGGCUUUGGAGACAGCAACGACGGCUUUGGAGACAGCAACAACAAUGCUGCCAUCACCUUGUCUCACUACGGACACUAUCAAACAGUUCCAGUAUUUGGUCAGGUGCCUAAGCCUGAUGUAAACGUAAACUUGAACGUACCAACUCAGUUCUGCGGUACUGAUGGGAGACAAAUGAACUCAUUUGUUCAAGACGUUGACUUCCCUGGGACGCAAGUUAUCCAACCAUCUUAUCAGUUGAUCGGGGGAAGGUACUUUAGUGGGCAACAAUUUAACAAUCCAAUGAUCCAAGACCAAACGGGAAACACAGUGGAGUUACGUGGAAAUCAAGCGUAUGAACAAGCAUUACGUGAGACACAAGCUAGCUACAUGAUGUUUCAGAUGGAACCGUAUCUACAAGACAGCUUAGCUCAAGGAGGAGAUACACAGAACAUGGAGCACAUAACUUCUGAUGGUAACUUUCAGACCAACAGCAUAUGUUAUUGUGACCAAUGCCUCAUCAACAAUGGUUUAAUGCCUCACUGAUUUGUUGGUACAAGUAUGUAUAUCACUAAAGGUCUAGCUUUGUCUUUCUCUGCUACAUCUUCCCUAUAAUUCUUGUGGUUUUUUUCUUCAAAUUUCUCUUGGGGUCUUGUAUUGCAGAAAGUGUGUAACUUCAGAACUGCAUUUGGUACAAAUUAGAACCCUAACUUCUAAAAUUCUUAUUUACCGAUCAUUGAUUUAUUAUACUGAAGAGGCACUAUACGUACGGUUUUCCUCAUUUAUGUGAUUUAAGUAGUUUGCUGAUUUUUUUAACUGGCCUGUGGGAAGACAAAUAUCAUUAGCAGAUAUACCAAUGUGGAUUACAGGUUUUUGCUUAUGUUAUAGAGAAUUACAAAAAGGAUAAUAUCUUUUUAUUCUAACGCUAUGUAUCAGUCUAGGGUGUUUGGUCUAGUGGUAUGAUUCUCGCUUCGGGUGCGAGAGGUCCCGAGUUCGAUUCUCGGAACACCCCACAAAAUAAUUUUUUAGUCCCUCCAAACUGUCACAGAGACGCCUUCCUGUUUUCACAUGAUGAACUACAACUCCACGCCCUAUCUUGUUUUCCCUGCACAUGACUCAUACGCUCAGCUCCAUCACCAGAACGAAGUAUACACAAUUUCUUUUACUAUUUUCCAUUUGAGAGAUACUCAGGGAAUGUUUCUUAUUGUUUCUAAUCAUGUUGAAUACUGUGAAACUAGACCAGAUGAAGAUUUCUUCUAGAAGACCACCAGGUAAUUAGAAACACAAGAGAAGAUCAUUAUUUAACUAAUUCAGACACAAUCCCUUUUCUUGGGUCACAAGAAAAUCUCCUUUAUGAUUAAGAGCACUAGCCUGAUGAAGCAGAGAAUGACAAGCACAGACGCACACAUAACCAUACCUCCAUUUCUCAGUGUACGUUUCUGCCUGUGGAGAUUCACAAAGCGAGUCAUGAAACGUUGAUAGAGAGAGAGAGAGAGAGUUACAUAUUCUGGUCUUAAACAAGUGUAGGUUUACAUUUUGCUGCUGUUUGAGUCCCAUCUUCAACUGUACUAGAAACGUUAUGGAUGUUAUUGUCAAUCCGAUCAACUAUCGUACCCUGUUACGAGAAUUUUUUUUGCUUUUAAAUUAUUGUAUUUCUGGAGUAAGAUACUUAGACGCUGGAACACAAUUAAGAGUGUUAAGACUCGAUUUGAUGUUGAUCUUCUUUACCGCCACCAAACUGAGGGCAUCAAUGCUUUCGCACGAGCCUUUCCCAGCUCAGCCCCUUGCACGCUGAAAUCUCCUCAGAGACAUCAACCCAAUCUGGUGGCAACUCCACUGUUAUUGUUCGUCUACAGUAACAUUGUAGCAAAGGUUUCAGCUUUAACAGCAUUCAAUAACUACUGCUCUCUUGAUAAUCCACUAGAAACAUUGUUGCUCAGGGGACAGGAUGUCACCACUGUUCUGCAUCUAACAACAACUUACUUGAAAACAAAUGUGAUUUUCAACUCACACUUGCAGCUUCUAUGUCUCUCUCGGCCUAUACACAUAAAAGUUAAUACACUGAAACUUUGGUGGGGGCUGCGCGGACGCAAACCCCCCUGCCACAAAUAAUGACGUAAGCUCUUCCACUUGGGAAGACUUUAAGCUAAGCGCCCUUCCUAAGUGCAAUGGAAGUCACUAGCCUAGGCCACUCGUCUUCUUGAUCACGAGUUGACCCCGUCCAGGUAAGUGAUUUGCUAGACCUCACGAGUGUCUUAUUUAUACUGAGCUUCUGAAGGGUCCUUCUUUUCCCGUAAGCGAGGUGGGACUUUGUUGAGUUUCACAUUCUCCGCUGUUCUAAUUUUCUUAAGAAGCAUCGUGUGCCGUUUUAUUGCUCCUCUUGUCUGACGGGAUAACUAAAAAGCGAAACAGUAAGGCCUUUCUUUACUUGUUUACGUUCUAUAAUGGGCUGGGUGUCUUAGUGGCCCAAAAUCAGUUUGUUAUAAUAUGUCAUCAUUUUCCGAAUUUGACCGACUCUUAAAUUAUUUAAAUUAAAUAGUGUUGGCUUUGUUACAAAAAAAAAAAAAAAUAGUGUUGGCUAAAG